CAUGGCAUGACAGUAAAGGAACGAUGGGUCAAAAAAGAGUACCACUCGCGAUUGGAGUGGUUUGGUUGUCAGGUUCACUGUCGCAUUACAAAUGUUAUCAAAAAGACGUGUAGUAAAUAUUUCACCUAUGUUAACCUUCUUUUCAGAAAGUAAAGUCAUGUGCUGUACGUAAUGCUAAUGGAGGAUGAUGAAAACAAAAUAGCCGGAAAUAGCCACGACAGUAUUUCAGAACUACACAGUGAUAAUGUCCCGUCUAUUCUAAUCGAGAAGGAGGAAAAUGUGGUGCCUGACGGUGGAUGGGGUUGGUGGGUGGUGCUUGGGAGCUUCUUUUGUCACUUCAUCAUUGGGGGACUGGAGCGAUCAUCUGGCCUGCUGUACCUCUAUUUUCUAGAGAGGUAUAAGCAAACCGCGGCAGCUACUGCAUGGGCGACAACCAUCCCCUCAGGAAUCAGACUCUUACUGGGUCCUUUAUGCAGCCUUCUCUGUAACAAGUUCUCCAGUCGGACAGUCGUAAUAACUGGAUCUCUCAUCUUCACUGUGACGCUUAUUAUUACGGCAUAUUCUCCAUCUUUAAUUACUGUCUAUGUCUUUUUUGGAUUUGUAGGAGGUUUCGGACGAAGCCUGUCAUAUGCCCCAGCCGUAACUAUGGUGGGAACUUACUUCAACAAGAGAAGGGGGAUUGCAAUUGGUAUAGCCACUUCUGGGGUGGGAUUCGGAUCGUUUGUCGUUCCAGCUAUUGUUGAGCUAGCAUUCCAUUUCUACCUUUUUACUGGGGGAUUUUAUAUUCUGGCUUGUUUUGCGGUCAAUUUGUGUGUCUGCGGUAUGCUGUUUAGACCUCUGGAGAAACAAAGAAAACUUAUGGCUUUUGACAAAAGGAGAAAAAGUAUUAAAGAUGGUGCUGAAGUUCCACUAAAAGACACAAAAACAUUUAUAUCUCAUGACAGUCUAAAUGAACAUUCCAAGGACACCAGUACUAAAGUGGAAUUAUCAAACGAUGAAAAGAUGGUUCUCAGAGAAACAGAGGACGAAACGGGGGUCGUCACAGACAGUAAAUUUAUAGGAAUAACAGAGAGAGAAUCACCAUUUCCUGAUAAUCCAAGGGAAAGGGAAGCAUUUCAAAACGGAUCCGUGAAAAAUGGGGAAAGAAACAGAAAAUGUGGGUGUUGUGGUUUCUUUAAAACAGGAGCAAAGUCUUCAGGACCGAAGAAGAAAUAUCUAGAACUUUCACUGUUGAAGGAUUACCGCUUUUUGUGUUUUUGUAUAGCUAUUAUGUUGUUUACUCUCGCCUUCCAGUCCGCCUUCGUGUUCCUGCCGGCUUAUGGCAAACAAAUAGGAACCACUGACAUGGAGGCGGCCUAUUUAGUUAUCAUAACUGGUGUAUUUGACGGAGUGGCAAGACUUAUAUCAGGAACGGUUCUAGAUUUGAAGAACGUAAAAAGAUUCCGUGUAUAUGUAUACAACACCGUCAUGUUUCUAGUGGGAGGGAUGUCUUUUGUGAUCCCCUUUACUCGGUCCUACAGCCAGCUGUGUGUGGUGUGUGGGGUAUAUGGACUACUUAUAGGUACCUACAUUUCUCAGAAAUCGGUCAUCCUAGUUGACCUGCUAGGGGCAGAAAAACUAGUCAACUCAUUUGGACUUCUGAUUGCCUUUCAAGGUGUGGGGAUGCUCGUAGGUCCACCUUUCGCAGGUUUUCUAAAAGAUAUUGACGGACGAUAUGAAAACGCUUUUUACGUUGGAGGUAGUGCCAUGUUAAUGGGCGCGGUCGUUUUAUUGAUAUCGAACAUUCGCCACUUAACUAUGUCUAGGAAUAAAAAACAAUGAAAGUAAUAAAUAAGCUUACAGUUCACCUUAUCCAAAGGCCUAAGUGAGUGUUUCUGACCGAAGAGUGUCCUGCGUCCGUUUAUCUGUAUGUCGUGUAUUGUUGGUUGUAUGCACACUUUUCAUAUUUUCUACUACUAUUUUAGAACCACUAAGCCAAUUUUAACCAAACUUGGGACACGGCAUUCUUCUGUGAUGACUCAGUCCAAACGAAUGCCAAACCCCUUUUCAAGGCGAAGUAGUGUAGGUUUAUAUCAUUUAAUUUUUUUUUUAAAGAGUACAUAUGUUAAGAUACUAGUAAAACUUUUAUGAGUCUAGAGGGGUCAAUUUAUAAAGGAAUAUACAGACUUUUUUUUUUUUUAAUCUCCUCUAGAAUAUCAACACCUAUACGUGUAGGCCACAAAUAGUCGUAUUAAUGUUCGAGCAUCUCCGUUUAGUGGAGAUUCAAGUUUGUAGACAGUAGAUACAAAUUAUGACGUCUGAGGAUAGGUUUGAGAUUGAGUGAGAGUCCAAGAUUUAUAUAAUAUUAUAUAAACCUCCUCAAAAUGAACAAGGCCACAGUUGGUAAACUUAUCAUCAAACCUCAAUAUACAUGUGCUAUAAAUUAUUCUUUUAAUCAUAUUUGUCAGGAAGGGAAAGGGUAACUCACGUGAGUGUUGUGGACAAUUAUGUGUUAUGAUUAUUAAAAUUGAUAUAUAUUCAAGGAAUAAAUCCCGCGUCGGAGGAAUUGUUGGAGAAUAAUAGUAUACCCCGACAGUCGAGAUUUUGUUGGCAAAUAAAAACUGAGCCCGAUCGGCGUGGUUUUUAUUUAGAUUGAUACGAUGAUUAAUUAAUUUACACAUGUUAUACAUGUAUACUUACACCUGUAAAUAUGUUUCUUAUAAAUACGUUAUAAGAUUUACGAAGAGAAUUUUUUUAAUUAUAUGUUUCCAAUUUUGUAAAUAUGUAUUUUAUUGGUUUUAGAUACAUGUAUUUUGACAAAUCUUGUGCAAUGUUUACUUUCCAUGGCUACUUCUAAAAGUUUAUUUAUAAGAACCUUAGUUAAAUCAGCAGGUAUUCUUAUAAAACGUGCUAGAGUGUAUUAUUAUAUAUACAUAAACUUGUACAGUGCGCAUGUAUUUUAAACUAUUCACUAUUCGAAGUACCUGGGUAUAAGUAAUUCUUUUACCAAGGUGGUUUGAUAGACGUACACAAAUCUCAAAAUUACGUUGGUAUUACGUUAUGUGUAUUAAAAAUAAUAUGAUGUAAAUGAUUUUUUUUUCGCCAAAUAAAAUUGUUAGAACUUC